AUGACCGAGCUCAGCAGCCUGUCUCUCCCGGAGAGUCCGGGCACCCAUCAGAGGAAGCUCAUUUCUGACAUGUUUUGUCUCACUCUGAGCUCAUGUCCAGAGCGGAAGCUGCAGCUUUCGUGUACGUGCUGCUUCACGCUGGUCCUCGGCAGUGAGAGCGAGGCAGGCAGGCUGCACGCCGCUAGGAGCCCGGAGACACUUUCCCGGAGGCACGGAGCCCCGCCGCGCGGCUCUCUCGGUACUUUGGGGUCGUUUCGGUCUCUGCUUCGGGGUGUGGACUCGGGGCAGACUUGGCGGGACCGGAUCCCGGUGCGAGGCGGACUGGAGUACCCCCGAUGGUGCAUCUCCACAGGAGCGCAUAGGAGCGCAGGACGAGUCUCCCCCGAAGGUUGGGCACAGAGACCCCGAUUUGGGGGGCAAACCCAGAUGAAGAUGGAGUCGUUUACCUUCUGCAGGACUGUCCUCAUCUUCUUCAUGUUUCCGUGUGUCCAGUGCUCAGAGAGUCAGACUGCAGUGUUCCUGCCAGAGUUCGCGCUCUCACCUCAGGGCAGCUUCAUGGAGGACGCCACAGAGGAUCACUUCCUGACCUACAGAUACGACGACCAGAAGCUGUGAAGGAAAAAAUAUCCGCUACAGAACCUGCA